AUGUGCCCGUACUGUAAGCGAUCUUUCUACUAUGACUUGACGAGUCUGAAAGUGGACAAAGGGCCUGUUUGUCAUUCAGAAUUUGCAAACAUUUCUGUUUCGAGAUGGCCCAAGUGGUUAGAGUGCGAAUUUACUGACCGGAAGGUCCGUGGUUCGAAUCCGACCUCCGCCACUCGACUUCCCCUGUCUAGGCUUGGGCAACCUGGCAGUAUCCCAGCCCUCGUGCUUCCUUCGGGUGGCAUGGCAGCUAGGCAUCGGAAGGGUGCUACAGCUGAACGCUUUCUUUCUUUCUUUCUUUCUUCCUCCAUAAAUCAUAGUUGCCCAACUGAUCGUGAAGACAAUGUGGUGUUUUCGUUUGUUGGCGUACCCUAA